AUGGCUUCCUUCUUCUGUUCUACAAAAUUUUUUCUGCUACUUAUUCUUCUCUCUGCAGUUCCUGUAGCGUUCAUAAUUCAUUUAGAAACUUCCAAGCCCGCCACUCAUGUAUACGAGUAUCACAGCACCGGAUGGUUACGGGAGUGCACCAAGUGGGACGAAGUUAACCGCCGAUUCCUGGUCUCUUUCAUGGAAGGCGGCUUUGGGGAGGUUCCGGUAAAGGAAGACUAUGUUCCAGGAGAGAUUUUGAAGGAGAUUCGGGUGGUGGAAAACGUGGGUUUAGGUAAGAAUUCGUCGCUCGGGUUCGUAGUGGACAGGCCGAGGAGUCGUGUGGUUGUAGCCAUCGCCGAUGUGAUUGGGAAUUUGUACAGUGCGGUGGCGGCUUAUGAUUUGACGACUUGGGAAAGGAUUUUUCUGACUAAGCUCAGUGGCCCAGAGGAUGGAAAAGCGUUUGCAGAUGAUGUAGCGGUUGAUCCAGAAGGUAAUGCAUAUGUAACCGAUGUAAAAGGAAGCAAGAUUUGGAAGGUUGGAGUGGAUGGAAAAUUCUUAUACCACAUAAAUAACCCACGUUUCACUUCAAAAGAGUGGUACAAUAACUUGGUUGGACUUAAUGGAAUUGUUCACCAUCCAAAUGGAUACUUGUUAGUGAUUCAUACAUUUUCCGGGAAUUUGUACAAGGUUGAAAUUGGAAAGGGGGAUGAAGUGAAGUUGGUUAAGAUAAUUGAAGGUUCUUUGAAAUUCGGGGAUGGAUUGGAGUUAUUAUCUCCUACUAAGCUUGUGGUCGCAGGAAACCCUUCAAAAUUGGUCGAGAGCUUGGAUGAUUGGGAGACUGGCUCUGUUGUGGCCAAGUUUAAAGGUGCUACUCAUCGUUUAGUUACUGCAGCAAUGGUGAAGGAUGGGAAGGUAUACCUAAACCACAUAUUUGGUUUAGGGUAUCCUAGGAGAAAGCAUGUGCUUGUUGAGGCUGAUUUUUCUGGUUAA